UCCACUUGAUUGUAUCCCAUAAGUCCCUUAGGCUUUCUUCAUGUUUCUUCAUUCUUUAUAUUCCUCUGACUCAAAAAUUUCAAAAGACUUGUCUUUGAAUGCACUGACAAUUUGCUCUGUUUGAUCAAGCCUGCUGUUGAACCUCUCUAGUAAUGUUUCCAAUUAAGUUAUAUUCUUCAACUUUAGAAGUUCUGUUGGAUCUUUUAAAAACUAAUCUAUGUUGCUCUCUUCGGUCCGUACGUCCAAGAUGACAAAGAAAAGAAGGAACAACGGUCGUGCCAAAAAGGGCCGCGGCCAUGUGCAGCCUAUUCACUGCACUAACUGUGCCCGAUGCGUGCCCAAGGACAAGGCCAUUAAGAAAUUCGUCAUUCGAAACAUAGUGGAGGCCGCAGCAGUCAGGGACAUUUCUGAAGUGAGCGUCUUUGAUGCCUGUGUGCUUCCCAAGCUGUAUGUGAAGCUACAUUACUGUGUGAGUUGUGCAAUUCACAGCAAAGUAGUCAGGAAUCGAUCUCGUGAAGCCGGCAAGGACCGAACACCCCCUCCCCGAUUUAGACCUGCGGGUGCUGCCUGACGUCCCCCACCAAAGCCCAUGUAAGGAGCUGAAUCCUUAAAG